AUGGCGAAGGGGAGGAGUAAUCGGCAUCAAGGGAAGAGAUCCUCUACGCUGACGUUGGUGCUACUUAUGUUAUUAAUGCUUACAAUUAUGUUAUUAAUGCUAUUGGCUCUCGGAAUCCUCUCUCUACCUGUUGGCUCCGAUGAUGAGUCUUCAAGAACCGGUGAUAGCAUCAAAUUCAAGCGCGUUAACUUAGACAUACGAGGAGGGAGAUUGGGAAAAAGAGGAGAGCAGUGGACUGAGGUGCUGUCGUGGGAGCCUAGGGCUUUCAUUUACCACAAUUUCUUGUCCAAGGAAGAAUGCGAGCAUCUGAUAGAUCUUGCCAAACCUCACAUGGCAAAAUCGUCAGUUGUUGACAGCAAGACAGGCAAGAGUACAGAUAGCAGGGCUCGUACAAGUUCCGGAAUGUUUUUAAGGAGGGGACAGGAUAAAAUCAUCACUGAUAUUGAAAAAAGAAUAGCAGAUUACACAUUCAUACCUGCAGAGGACGGGGAAGGCCUACAAGUUCUCCACUAUGAAGCUGGUCAAAAAUAUGAGCCUCACUAUGACUACUUUAUUGAUGAAUUCAACACUAAAAAUGGGGGUCAACGCAUAGCUACUAUUCUCAUGUAUUUGUCUGAUGUUGAAGAAGGGGGUGAAACAGUCUUUCCUGCUGCUAAGGGAAAUUUUAGCUCUGUGCCGGGGUGGAAUGAAAUGUCAGAAUGUGCUAAGAGAGGACUUGCAGUGAAACCAAAAAUGGGCAAUGCAUUGCUUUUCUGGAGCAUGCGGCCUGAUGCUACUCUAGAUCCUUCAAGUUUGCAUGGUGGUUGCCCUGUCAUCAGAGGGAACAAGUGGUCAUCUACAAAGUGGAUGCAUGUGGGUGAAUACAUUGUCUAA